AUUAUGAUACUGCAAAUGCAAUUGGAACAAAGUCCUAUAAUACUCUCAUGGAGGAGCUUGUUGCCCUUGAAACAAGAAAUAUGGAGGGUGAACAAAAAAAGAAUUCUGAAGAAGAUUCUAUUGAUUUUGCUGCUGCAACAACUGCUACUCUAGGAGUUCCUUCUCCUUGCCUUUCAAGAGGUAUAUCUUUUGAUGAUUCUCUACUUGCUGUCGCUGAUCAUCAUAAAGUAAGGAAAGGAGAUAUGGAGGAAGAAGAGGAGUUGUUGAGAGCCUUGAAAAUGUCAGAGGACGAAUUGCCUACUUCGGUGAAUGAUUCACCUCCAGUGAAUACUAGUGGGCAAAACAUGUCUGUCAGUUCAAAUGAAAGUGCAUAUCUCAAGAAUUCUGAACCUGUAGUUCCUGUAGAAACAUUAGAAGGGUAUAGUGAGGCUGAAAAUCAAAAGUCUUUUCUGCUUGAUUUAUCCUUAUCCCAUGAUUGCAGUGCCUUGAGCAAUUCGAGUAAUGAGGUGAUAACUCAUGAAGCAGUUCCAAGGGAAGCUGGUUGUGCAAAAAAUGAUCAAGUAAGUGACAUUGAUCAAUCAACUUCUGAUGAAUCUGGAAAAUGUGUAAAAUCUAAAGAUAUAGUUGAAAAAAGCAGUGUUGAUGUUUUGGUCCAGAAUGAGAUUGCACCUUCUGACUCUUUUGGACAGGAUACUUCAUCUGCUUGUGAAAACCAUAUGCUUGAAUCUAGAGGAGAUGAAGAAAGUCAGAAGCAAUCCACUUCCACAUCUGAUAUGCAUGUGCCAGAAGAUAAUAAACAUGGUUGUGACACAGCAGAACUUUCUAGUUUAUCUGCACCAGGUGCAGAUUUAGAUUCAUCCAGCGGCAGAAGGCAACAUACAGAUGUUCCUGAUGCUUUUACUUCAAGUGCUGAAGGCAGUGAGCCCAUUUAUGAAGGGGAGGAAUGCAUAUUGGAAUCAAGAACCACAAUUUAUGAAGACCGAGAACCUAUGUAUGAAGGCGAGGUGGUUCUUGCAGAACAAGUGGACAAAGGUACUGGAGAUGCCUAUGAUGCAAGGUCCAAGGAUGAAAUUUCUCCAAGACAAGGGGAACUGAUCAGGGAUUUUUUGAAGAACAAUGCUAGUCAGUUGACCAUCCAUGGCCUAUUUUCCUUACAAGAUGGUCUGAAAGAACGUGAGCUUUGUGUCUUUUUCCGCAAUAAUCACUUCAACACCAUGUUUAAGUAUGAUGGUGAAUUGUAUAUCUUGGCUACUGACCAAGGUUACAUAAAUCAGCCUGAUUUGGUGUGGGAAAAGCUAAAUGAGGUCAAUGGAGAUACAUUGUUCAUGACUGGUAAUUUUAAGGAAUUCAAGGUGGAAAACCAUGCCAACAAUACAUGGGAUGAACAAAAUGCAAUGGUCAAUACUGCUGAAUAUCUUGCCAGUAUGGACAAUUCAGCAGAUGUCAAUUCAAGUUUCAAUUCUGAUCUGCAAUUGGCAAUGGCUCUUCAACAACAGGAGUUUGAACAACAGCCACAGCGUAAUGUGGAGCAACCAACUGUAAGUAGCAGUUCAAGGCUGGUCACAGGACCCCAAGUGUCAAGGAACAGUGACAAGAGCUCAUCUUUGUCUCCCAAGCAGGAAGCAAAAUCAUCUAAAGAUAAGUGUAUUGUAAUGUAAAAUUUGUAAGCCAGGCAUCAUCGGAUCGUGGAAGGGUUGUACUGUAAAUGGUGUUGUGGCUGUGUCUUCGUCCCUGGCCUGACCUAUAUUCUCGUUACAUGUGAUUUUAGAUCAGGUUUUUAGCUGUAAAUGAAGUGUAUGUUUUUGCAUUGCUAGGCCCCGCAAUGUUAGGGUUGUUUUUUCGGAUGGAAAUAAUAGCAGAUUUUAGAUGUGUGUUAUCAUGUCCAGUAAUGUUACAAAAACAUACUUUACUGGCACUUUAAAGGAAUGCCACAAACACUGCAUUCUGUGCAUUUUUUGUUUCUUGAAAAGUAGUGUGUUUAUUUGGUUUUUA